AUGGCCAAGACCAAAGAGCUCUCCAAGGAUGUCAGCGACAAGAUUGUAGCCCUACACAAGGCUGGAAUGGGCUACAAGACUAUCACCAAGCAGUUUGGUGAGAAGGUGGAGACGGCGACAGACUCCGAGUCGGAGAGCAAAGGGCUUCCUCAAUACCAUUCUGUGGGCACCCAGGUGGAGGAUGACAAAGGGCAUGGCAGGUUCAAGCGCUCCAACAGCGUGACGACGGCCGUACAAGCUGACAUGGAACUAGAGGGCUUCCCCACCAUGGAGGACAAGGGCCUGCAGUUCGGAGGGGGCUUGGGCUUCCGCGGGGGCCACUCGGAGCCUAGCACGCCCACCCAGUACGGGGCUGUCCGCACCGUCCGCACCCAGGGCCUCUUCAGCUACCGGGAGGACUACCAGCGCUCCUCCAGCGGACCGCCCAGCCCGCAGCCCGAGUCGUGGCUGACAGAGCCCUCUCUGGAGGGGGCUGAGACGGGCCGAGUGUCCCCCCUCCGCAGGGACGGCGGCUGGUUCAUGCAGCUCCUCCAUAAUGAAACUAAGAGGAUGGAGGGAUGGUGUAAAGACAUGGAGAGGGAGGCUGAAGAGCAUGACCUGUCGGAGGAGAUCCUAGGGAAAAUCCGAAGUGCCGUGGGCAGCGCACAACUCCUCAUGUCUCAAAAAUUCCAGCAGUUCUACUGGCUGUGUCAGCAGAACCUGGACCCCAGCGCCAUGCCCCGCCCCACCUCUCAGGACCUGGCCGGAUUCUGGGACCUGCUGCAGCUCUCCAUCGACGACGUCACUGCCAAGUUUGACGAGCUGCAGGAAAUCAAGAGCAAUGAGUGGAGGCCCGUGGAGAGCCCCGAGAAGAAGACACCAUUACAGGAGAGAAAGUGGCCUCCUCCGCUGCCAAAGAGGCCUCCGAAGGGGCGUGGCGGCGUGAUGCGGGAGCGCUCUCUGGACCUGCAGGACCGCCAGCGUCAGGAGGCACGGCGCCGCCUCAUGGCAGCUAAGCGGGCGGCUUCCUUCAGACAGAACUCAGCCACAGAGCGGGCGGACAGCAUCGAGAUCUACAUCCCCGAGGCCCAGACCCGCCUUUGAGGUCUAAGCAUUUACCCCUCUAGCCUGACCCCGACCCCAGCUCUGCCCCCUUCCGGCCCCCAUAUCCCAGACCCAGCCAGUGGGUGUCACCCAGACUCCUUCCUCCCUCUUUCUUGUCGUCUGUGUCUCACUUUCACUUCUUACUGUUUCUCUCCAUCUAUUGCCCUUCUUCUGAUGUCCUCUCCGCUUUAAGACGGAGGUAAUAUUCACCACCCCUCCACCCCAUUAUAAUGAGCUGCUACUACAACCUCCCCUUUAACCGAACUGAUCCACCAUCACAAUUAUAUUUGGCUAAUUACAAGCAAAAUGAUUAUUUUCUAUACUGUAACAAAUUCUCUUGUUGGAAAUGUAUUCAUCCCCCCAAGAGCUUUCGCAUUGCCAUCAUGUAUUAUGAGCCUCUGGGUAAAGUAAGGGUAAUAUCAGUAUUUUCCCACCGUGUUCAAAAGGAAUCACAAAGUGCAACUUUUCUAUGGAGAAUCUCACCAGCAUCAGUGGUCUUGGGCUAAAUCACCCUGUGCGGAGACUACUACUCCCCAGUGGUAGCACAGAGGUGGUGAUGACUCACUGUCAAGAUAGAAGUCUGGAAAUGUCUCCCCCCUGUUUGUGGGUUGUCAGUCAAAGUGGGGGGAAUAUGUAGUGCGAUUGAUCAACACCUGCAAUUGAAAUACCUCAGUCUUGCAGUGGGCACUCUAGGGUAAAAACCAUAGACAUAGAAUUCAAAUCUAUUUCUAUGGGGUCUAUUCUAUUUCUAUGGUAGAGACCAAGGAGUAGUCAUCACAUCUGAUAUGGUCGCACAGCAUCCUGGGUAUAGUAGUUCCGUUGUUAUUCUUGGGACGUACUCACACCACUUUUUACCAAGCUUGCUGCUGCAGCCACUGCCUAACAUUGCUGAGACAUGGGAUGUGAAAAAGACAUGCAGCAGUAACCCAGCUAGCACAUUUAGUUCCUUGGAAGUUGUGGGACAGAAGUUUUUGGUUUCCAAUUGAUUCUGGGAACAAAGCCAUAAGUUUCCUGAUCGGUAAAACUGAACAUUUUUAAAACGUUCUGGGAAUGUACAUUUUUAGGUUGCACGGAGGUUCUGAGAACCUUUUACUACGGUUCCCUGAAAGUUUUCCUGGGAGGUUUUAUUAAUGUUCUGAGAACGGAAAUUAUAGGUUAUUUGAAGGUGAUCAAAUAACGUUCUGAGAACAUUCUCUAAAUGUUGUGAAUGUUUGGAACUAAAUAUUAAGGUUAUUUUGAGGUUUUUGAAUCACUUAAAACGUUCACUGAACGUUUCAAUAAGACUGCUAGCUUAGGUUGACUGUUUUGAACUCCAAGCAGAGAUAGGACACACGGAAAUUAAUCAUGCAAACACAUGUAUUUUUUUAUUUUGGCACAGCGUCAGUGAGAUUCAAACCUACGAUCUUCUGUUCUCUGUCCAUGGAAUUAGUUCACUGCGACAGCAGGAUGGAGCUACAGUAGCAUGCCAUGUUUUUUAAACUCAUACAAAGAUGUUAAUUUUAGUUUAUUCCAAAGGAAAUACAUUCCAAAGGAAACUCAUUAAGACCAGGGCGCCCAAUUAUUGGGCCCAGCCAACACACCUGAACACACUUACGAAGAAAGAGGAUAGAGAGAGUUUUGUUGACACUGGGAAUAGAUGUAUAAGAUUUUAAAUAACAUUAUUAUAAUGUUCUUUGAACGCUACAAUGUUUUUUCUUGUGGUUCUUCUGUAACACUUUCUUAAUGUUCUUAAAACAAUGGCUUUAAACAGAACCGUGAGGAAACCUGCAGAAAACUUUACACUAAAGUACUGAAAUUCCCACAGAAUAACGUUGUUUCUUAACGUUCUCAGAACUAUUUCAGAAUAUUCCCAAUGUCAAACCAGUUGACGAACAUUCCUUUAACAUUACACAUUUUUUGGUUAAAUGUAACCAUGUUUGAACUUUUAGGAAACAUUCUGUUAAAGUAAUGAAAUAACAAGAAAAUACGGUGUUUUUGUCAAGUUCCUUAAAUGUGUUGAUAAAGUUCCAAAGCCAAGCAACUAUACUGUACCAUUCCCAGAAAGUUGUGGGAAGGUUGAAAAAAUAACCAUGGGACAACCACCCGGUCACCAAACUUAUGGUUCUCAGAACGUAAUGUGCUAGCUGGGACAGUACCUUAGGGCUGCAUUUAUGCAUUUUCAGUUACGAUAACGGCUUUGUCGUAAGGUUGAAACAUGGUUAUGAUAUGGGUUGUACAGUGCAUUUAUUCGUCUGAUCCAUGUUUCCAUUGCAACACUAUUGUAAAACACAUAAAGGGAAAAAAUGUUUCAAAUUUCAUGAAAAAAAAAGUUGACUAUGAUAUAAUGCAUUUUUGCACCUUAUAUAUACUAUUCAUGUUUGUAUUUCCAAGGGAAAUGUAGUAAAUGACACUCACAUGAUAUUGUUGCAGUUGAAUUGCAAGGACAAAAAAAUGGAACAUUUGCUAUUGAAUAUGUCUGAUGCUGUUCUAUACACAGCAUCAAUCUGCACCUUGAGUUUUGUGUCCAUCCCCUGAUGUCCAGUACUAUUGUAAUGAUAAUAAUGGUGAUAAAUAAUGUAAUCUAUCACAUAUAUACCCAAUGACCAACAUCACAAACUACAUUGAACUUGAAUUGUAUCAUAGUGGACGCUGUGAAAGAAUGACUGUUGAUGGGGCGGAGAGAGCAGUGCCCCAACAGACAGAUGACUUAUACCUAUUAGAGACCACAUCACACACAUUCUAUCCCAUCCGGCACACAGCAAUCAAGUAUUUUUUACAGAAGUAGUGUGGGACAGACAGGUGCAAAUGUCACUUUAACACUAUCCAGUUACUAGUAAAUGGUGCUGCUUUUUACCUGAAACGGUUGUCCUUUACCCAGUCCUAUGUGCACGCACACACACACACACACACACACACACACACACACACACACACACACACACACACACACACACACACACACACACACACACACACACACACACACACAUACUCAAGGACUUUUUAAUAACAGAGAUUUACUAAAAUGGUGCCCAUAGCAUCUGCAAUUAAAGAUAGUGGCUAUUGACUUGCGGGAAGAAAGAUAAAAACGUAUUUGCAAAAUGUC